AUGCAGAAGGGUUGCAGCUUCGGCUUCCUUCCUUCUAUACUUUCACUCGACUCGACUCAUCUGACACAGAGCUUCCCUGGACAGCGUAGAAGGAGCAUCGACGGCACAAGCGCAACGGCGAGAUCGCUCUCGACACAAUGGCGAAAGUUUACUCCUUCUGGGUCUUCGACCGUCAUUGCAAUGCCAUAUACCACCAAGAUUGGUCGCAUCUACAUGCAGCUGCCUCCUCAGCAUCGGGCGGCCCGCUGA